AUGUCUGUCUGUCAACCUCAUGCUUCUACCAGAAAAGUUGCGAUGAACCACCAUCGGAAGCCCAUACCGUCCAAAUCAUCCCAAGACCUUAAAACCCCGCAAAGACCCGGCUCCUCGACGGUAUCCAGAGCUUCGAAGAGUUCAACAUCGAAGAAAAGAGCGUCCCCAGCAUUAUUGACAUCUACGCGGCCAUCGAAAAGAAAGUCUUUUCCAAACUCCAAUCUAGCCCAGUCGACUUUAACUCAAAUCGACUUUGUCACCCAAACUACUUCCCGCUCAGACGAUGAUCAACUUGAUUAUAUCGAAGAGUAUGGACCACUCAAAAAUCCAGAUGAUACAAUUGAACCUGUGGAAAUAGACGGUGACUCCGACGACGAUAUCGAAAAUCAGUCCUCUUUGAGGACUCGUGCAAACUUGUUGAAAUCGGGAAUCAAUGAUGACUACCCGAACCGACGGAGGAAGAGUGCUGGUUUGAACAACUCGACAUCUGAGCGGGGCUGCCGUUUUAAGAAAAUCCAGCCAGCGAGAGCGGCCUCGAGUGGUCGGGGGAAAAGAAAAUCCACAGAGAAGUCCUCUGCGAAGCGCGACAAAACUCUGACGCAAAUGGACUUUGUACGGCGUUACAUAACCAUUGAUGAUGAUGAUGAUGAUGAUGAUGAUGAUGACGUGAACAUGGGAUAUAUACUGUCGAUUGCUCAAAAUAAGUCUCCGGAUUCUGACCAACAUGUGCCGAAAGUACAGAAAUUUGAGAAUGAGGAAAAUGAUCACAAGCCUCUCCCGGUCUCCAAGUGUCAUCGCACAAUCUUCGAAGCCGAAGUGGAUCUUUCCACAGGCGAACCGAUUUCCCAGUCGGGUGAUGGCCAAACUACCGGAGAAGAGCAUAGUUUACAUGACGGAAGAAGACUGGGUCUACUGGCGACGCCACGGAAAACCCGAAGACUCGAAAUUCCUUCAUCGCAGUCACCCGAAAGCCCGGGAUUAGCCAUCAUCACAUCAUCCCAAUUUCGCAGCGCGACACGUUCACCGCAUAAGAGGGUUCUAUGUGAUCUGAAUGAAAUACCUGCAGCCUCUAUCAACGAGGAGACGCCCAGAUUAGAGUCAAUGACUGAGAACCCACAAGAACAAGAAGAUGCACAUCAUCAAACCCCAACGCCCAGUCGACACAGCGAACAGACCUUCACAGACCAUCAUCCGCCUCCGCCUAAAGAGAAGGUAUCUCUACAAAGACCGGUCACUACAUACACGGACACUGAAACUCCAUCUGAUGACAAACAAAGAAGGCCUGGACGCAAACAGAAGGAGAGAAUGGUGGUGUACGAAACGGAUGCAGACACGGAUGACGGGGAUUCAGACAAUGAGUCUGGCAAUGAUCCAAGAACAAAUGUUCAACUGCAAAAAUCCCACGAAAUGGACUCACAACCCGCUCAUGGUGGCCCAGAAGAUCCGAGUGAUGACGAUUCCCAAGAUCUUCCGCUCCCAGCGCCAGGCGUCCUACCAUCUGUAGACCUCGACUCUGGCCCUCUCUCCGAGGCGCCUAUGUCAGAUGCUUCGAUGUUCUAUCAAAGGUUACAACCGGCGACUCAAUUUCCACACGAACCUAUCCCGACGCUGAACACCCAAAGGCUGUCUGAGUUAUUUCCUAUCGAGGAAAGCACCCAAUAUCCGAAACCUGGAUUUCCAAAUCCUUCUCAACAACAAAUUAUAUCAUCACAGAUACCAAUGGAAACACAAGAUGCGACCCAGAUUGAAGUCGUACCAGAAUCCUCGCCAGUUCGUGAACAAGACAACAGUCUUGAAUCUAGCGAGGUUGUCUUCCAGCGACCCCGGCCCCUUGAGUCGGUGGUACAAGUCGAGUCAUCUCAGCCGGUUGACCGUAGUCAGAAUGCAGCCGCCAGGAUUUUGUCGCGCAGCCAGCUUCUGACUUCAAGUGUGAUGGAGAGCAUUCCUCUACCCAAUUUUUGGAUGGAGACCCAAGAUAGCGUGGGAGAACCCUAUAGUUUACCUGACCAGUGA